AUGUCUCUGGACCCAGUUGCGCAGUUUCUUUACCCAAAUGAUGCUCCGGUGACCCAUAAGCCUGUGUGUGUGGGAGCUGAUGGCAAUUGCUUUUUUCGGGCUGUUGCAAUGUCCUUGACAGGAAAGGAAGAAAAUCACAAGCAACUCCCUCAGCAAGUUGCAGAACAGCUCUGCAACAAGCCACAGGCAAUUGCAGCUGCUUUGAUUGAAAAAUCUUCGUCUUGUCCAGGUGUGAAUCCUUCUUCACUCAUUGCCACGUUUCUUUCUGAUGAGAGUUACAGCGUGUUCAAAGCCGCAAAGGAAGUGGGAAAGGGCACUGAGGACAGUCUAGCUUUAGCUGUGGUGAAGGAGGGCAAUGAGACAAAGAAAUUUGGAAGUUGGUGUGGGAUGGUGCAAGUCUAUGGUGCAGCUGCAGCAAUUGGUUGUUCCAUCAACAUGCACUACCCUGAGGUUAACCAACGUAUCCGCCCCUUUAUGAAUACCAUUGUACAACCUUUGGAAUCUGCAACAAGUCAAAAUAAUGAUAUUCAUAUCAUGUGGUCUAGCACAACUCAGCCAGCAACUCUUAAGGGAAAUGUUCAACUCAAUCACUUUGUGCCUUUGCUACCCAGAUCAGCCACUAAUCUCAGUUACCAUGCCGAAAGUGACAUUCCUGCCUCUGAUUGCUGUGAUGAGUCUGACUCUGACAAACUUGAAUCUACCUUUGGCUUCAGUGAUGAUGAGAAUGCCAGUGAAUUUGUUGUAAUGAAAACCCUUAGAAAAUCAAGAAAGUCAAAGAGAAUUGAACCAAAGUCAUGGUCAUUGUCUGGAUUCCAACCUAAGAGCCCAAGGGUUUGUGCAAUACCUUCGAACAUGGAUAUUACAGUAGAAACUAUGCAUGAAGAUUCUGGCAUACCUGUUGACUCACACCACACUGCAGCCCAAGAAAGUCAAAAUGGUGACAAGCCGGCAUAUGGCAAUGCUUCUCGCACAACUCAACGUGCUAUGGCUGCCACUGCUACUAAGCCAAAGGGUUCUGAAAGCAAGUCUUCCGAGAUCAAGCAAACUCUUGAUUCCUGGUUAUUAAGUAACAAGAACAAACAUGUACAGAAAGACCAAAGGGAGAUUACAAAUAGUCAUCCGAUUACAACCAUUCCAGAGCUUGCAAAAACACCAGUACGUCAAAUGUGUCAUCAACCACAUGCAGACGUCAUAUAUCAAAAGAAACAUUUAUGGGGUGGAAAAGAAGCCAUGAAGCUGAUUAUCAAACUAUGUCAUGGCUUAAAUGUGAAGUGA